AUGCUUGUCAAGUCAAAGUAUACAAGUCGACUGUUUGAGUUUUCCACAUUUGCGCCAAAUAUUGGAAGAGGACGCACGUUGUCCUGUGCCGGAAUUCAGGUAGCGCGCUUCAUCAUCGAAAGGCUCGGCGAGGUCGUCAAGGCAAAGCGCGGCGCGCGCUGCGGCGAACUCGACAUCCUGUGGGACAUGGUGGCGCCGAACGGGCGAGAUAUCUUCGAAACUGAAAGUUCUCUGCGCCAUGCCCGCAUCGAUGGAGGAAGCGGAGCUAUACCACAGCAAGCUCACCGCGCUCGUCGGCACGUGGCAGCUAGACGGGGACUCGGAUUCCGAGAAUCGGAAGAUGGGCAACAAGACACUGAUUCUGUAUCGUAG